AUGAGUUCCGCCAUCGAUACCCCUAAAGAUGCAGCAGCAGCAACAACAGCCCCUGCUGCUGCAGCAACCCCCCCACAGGUCAAGCGGGAAGAUACGUUAGCAGCAACAGCAGCAAGUGGCACUGCUGCUGCCCUUUCUGCUGAUGAAACUGCGCCAGCAGCAGCAAAGGCAGCAGAAGCCGCAGUAGCAGACGCUUCGUCAGCAGCAGCAGCAGCGACAGACCGGACAGCAGCAACAGAAACACCAAGAGACCACGUAGGCGCAGCGGCGGCAGCAGAAGCAGCAGCAGCAGCAGCAGCAGAUGCCCGUGCUGCUGCGAGCCCCCCUAGGGGCGACGCGCCUGCGACGGGCGUAGCAGCAGCGAAAGCAGAGGCAGCAGCAGCAGCAGCGGCGGCGGCGGCAGCAGCAGCAGCAGCAGCUGCUGCUGCUGAAGAAGCAGCGUACAGCCGGGGGGCUUCCGUUGAAACGGACGCUGGGGCUGCAGAGUUAGAGGCCGCAGCAGCAGCCGCUGCUGCGCCAGCAGCAGCAGGCCAAGCGGCAGCAGCAGCAGCAGCAGGAGGGGCGGAGCAGCCGCAGGUGCUGCGGACUGCUUUAUCCGAGCCAGGCAAUCGCAGCAGCAGCAGCAGCAGCAGCAGCAGCAGCAGUGUGCGGAUGCCGAGGCGUCCUCCGACGUGCGGGUCGACGUGCAGCGACGCGGAGCCGAGCAGCAGCAGCAGCAGCAGCAGCAGCAGCAGCAGCAGCAGCAGCAGCAGCCGUCGGCGGACGAGCAGCAACCGGGGCAGCAGCAGCAGCCGGCUGCUGCAGCUGCACGGCUUCAGCAGCAGGGCGGCGCCCCUGCGGAGCAGCAGCCCGGCGCGCCCGCCGCGCCCCGCGCGCCGCAGCAGCAGCAGCAGCAGCAGCAGCAGCAGCAGCAGCAGGGGCGAAGACUCGCUGCUGCGGCUGUUUCGCUCGGAACUCUUCGACGCGCACUUCCACCUCUUUUACCUUUUCCACAAACGCGAAGAAGAAGUCCAAAAGUUUCUCGUCAAUUUGCUUUUCGCCAAACGCUCCCUCCCCGAAGUCAACUUCUACCUGCCGCAGCUCUGCCAGCUCGCGCUGCAGAGGUUUGGUCGCUCUCCGCUGGACCGCUUUUUGCUGGACGUCUGCAGCACUUAUAUUCACUUCGCCCUCAGAGCUGCCUGGCUUUUCCAGAGCUUUGUGGAGGACAAAAUACCAGGCCUGGAAGAAGCAGCACAGAAGAUGACGCAAGAAGUUGAAAUGGCCCUUGUCAACAGCAAACCCCUGAGCCACUCCAUGCGCUGCAGCAGCAGCAGCAGCAGCAGCCACAAGGGGAGGAGCAGCAGCAACACAGACAAGACGCGACAGGAGCACGAGCAGGGAUCGCAGCAGCAGCAGCAGCAGCCACACACCGACCUCUUCAAAAGACAUACGCUGCUGCAUGUCUUGUGGGAGCAGCAGCAGCAGCAGCAAAUCUCGCAGCAGCAGCGGCAGCUGCUGUCCAGAGCCAUGUGUGCGGCUGACACUGCAGACGCGCUAGCAGCAGCAGGAGCAGCAACGCCAGCAGCAACGCCCGCAUCAACGCCAGCAGCAACGCCUGCAGCUGCAGCAGAAACAGCAGCAGCAGCUCCAGCAGCAGCAGCAAAUGCGAACCAGCAGCAGGGAGAGCCCCAGUCACAGAUGCAGCUGGAGGCAAAACCCCAAGAUCAGCAGCAGCAGCAGCAACCGCAGGAGCAGCAGCAGCAGCAGCAGCAGCAGCACCUGCCUCGGCUUCCUGCGCUGGACCCGCAGCAGCAGUCGCAGCUGCUGCCGCCUCGCCUGCCUUCUAUCUUCAGCCAUAAUGUGGGCCCAGUGUCUGUAGCAGGGGCAAGGGGUUGCUCUUGUCUUUGGGAUCGGGGCGGCGAAGCUGCCAUCGGUGUACGCGAAGCUGGGGAAUCCGCUGGCGCUGACGACGUUGUCUCCGCCGAACCUUUGCUGCGGCUGCUGCAGCAGCAGCAGCCGCAACAGCAGCAGCAGCGGGCGUCCGGGGUGUACGGACAGCUGCGUGGCAGUGGAGCUGCACCAGUUCGUGAUGAAGCAAAGAAGAUGUGA